AGCCUCGGCGUCACCAACAUCAAGCCCCUUUUUUCUCUUCCAUCAUUUUUAUUUUCUGGCUCAUAUAUUACAAUAUAACCCAUCAAAGUGUAAAAAAAAAUAAUCAAGAGCAGGGAAGAAUAACACGUGAUAGAAAAUUCAGAAGUGCAGGAUAUAUAAAAAUGUCGGUCCAAGUGGCGGUCGUCGGUGGCGGCAUUAUAGGAGUGUCGUCAGCCUAUAGGAUCCUUAGGGAAGUGCCUGGGGUCAGUGUUACCAUUUUUGCGGAGAAAGCGUCCCCUGAGACUACUGGUGAUGGCGCUGCGGGUCUCUGGGGUCCAUUCCUAGAUGGCGGCACGCCUGCACACAAAGUCAAUGCAUGGAGCAAAGCCACUCAUGACCUGUUCCAGCAUUAUUGGCUCAAGGGAGAAGCAACAAGUGUUGGUGUCUGCCUGGUUGGAGUCCAGAGAUUGGCAGAUGAAGAUGAACCAGAUCCCUCAUGGAAGGAUGUUGUUUAUGGAUUCCGCCAUUAUUCAAGCCAAGAAGCAGCACAACUUGCUGGGAAUAAUGAGACUGUGAAACACGGGUGGGAAUACGUGACUUACACCUGCGAAUGCAAGAAGAUGAUUCCGCACUUGCUGGAGAAAUUCCAGGAACUUGGAGGCGAAUUCGUGAAGGCCAAAGUGACUGACUUGAAAUUACUGGGACAACGUUUCGACCUGAUUGUCAAUUGCUCUGGUCUCGGGGCAAAGGAUCUUGUGGGAGAUCAAACUGUGCGUCCGAAAAGAGGCCAAUUGAUCAGGGUUAAAGCUCCCUGGCAGAAGAUGGCAUUCAUGAUGGAAGUCUCAAGUGGUGCUGAUGAUAGGAUGCCAUAUUGCAUCCCAAACACACAUGUGGUUGGUCUUGGAGGAACCUAUCAAGUUGACAACUGGAACACCAGUCCAUCCUCAGAAGACAAGAAGUACAUAAAGGAAUCUUUGCCGCCAUAUCUUCCUAGUAUGCUGAAUGCGGAAGAGAUGGAAGAUUGGGUUGGCUUGAGACCAGCAAGAGAUGGAGGUGUUCGCCUGGAAAAGGACAAAAUCCUUGUAAAUGGGAAAAUAAUACCUGAAUACUUUUUCCGAGUUACGAGGACAACGCAGCGUUUCGUACGCCACGUCGUACUCUCGGUACUCUCGUACAUUCUGUUGUUGUGCCAACUCGGGCGGCACCUGUUGAGCAGAAUUUUGGCUGGAAGUUGGGCUGUUUUUAUUUUGCUUGAGCUGUUCUUCAUUUGUGAUGGAGAUGCAAACCCAAUACCUGGACCCCUGCCAAAGCCUGGAGACAAAGCCAAGUACCAUUACCACAAACACAAGCACUACCACAAACAUGUUCACAAGCACAAGCAUGGACAUAAGCACAAGAAAGGAGGGAAAAGCUCUUCAUCAUCAUCAGGAUACAGAAGAAGACAAGGAUUGGAAGAAAACCCUGCAGGUGGAAGUAACAGGAACCUGCUUCCAGCAUCAGUUGCCUUGCCCUACUAUGGUCUGAAUCCAACUGCAAGGGCAGUUACAUCCAUGCAAGCGACUCGUCCGCUCAACUCCAACACCAUGUCCCCUUCUUUGGUAGUGGACCUCAGGGUCCUGGAGGCGGCACUGGAGUCUGACUGGACCACAGUGAGGAAACUCCUUCCGGCUGCCCGGGAUAUGGACAUGGCGGACCAGGAUGGCUGGUCAGUGCUGCAUUUCGCCUGCCGGGAAGGGAUAGACGACGUGGUCCGCUUGUGCCUCAUGAAGGGCGCCGACGUGGACAGGGCCAAGAAGAACCUGUGGACCGGGUUGCACUUGGCGGCCCGGAACCAGAAACCCAGCACAGCGGAAGUGCUGCUGCGCGCGGGUGCCAACCCCAAUGCCAGGAAUGACCGAGGCAACACUCCCCUGUUACUGAAUUUGCUUGUGCAAGGAGGAGCAGAGGUGAACAUGUGUGGAGAGGAUGGGAAGACCAGUUUGCACAAAGCUGCAGAAAGGGGCUAUGAUGAAGCAGUGCUGUUCUUACUCAGAAAUGGAGCUGAUACAGGCAUCAAAGAUGCACAUGGAAACACACCUAUAGUGUUGGCCAUUGCUGCCAAAAAUCAGGCUUGCAUUCAAAUUCUUGAAAAAGCAGAGAGCAACAAGCUACAACUGUCUUCCCAGGAGCAGAGUGCUGUUCAGCAAAGGCAAGAAAACAUGCUUCCAUACCAAUCUCAAGGUCAACAGCUCCAAGUUGGUGCUCUACCCAUUUCUGACAGGGUUGAGAGCUUGGGCCAAAGCUUGAUGCAAAACAAUAACUCAAUGCAGCAAUCCAUCUUCUCACCAGUCAAGCAAAAACUUGAUGGCUCUGAUGCUGCAGUGUAUGUAUAUAAAAUGCUCCGACGUUCCAUUCUGGGCCGUACACGACACUGCUGUCGGGCUUUCCUGUCACUCAGUUUCAUUGUGGACCUGGCUGGAGAUGGUGGACAUACUGUGGGGUCGCGUUCACGCGGCAACCCGAGCGUAGCAUCCUCGCUCGGGUAUACCGCGCAGCAACUCCUACACGCCAACCCGGAAGCGGAUAGGGCACCCGGUUUACCGCAUUGCGGUAAACCGGGUCAAGAACAAAGAGAACCAUUUCCGGCAGCGAUCGCCGGCUCCCGAAGCCUGCGGGGCUUCGGGAGGAAGAAUUAUUACAUCUCGAGAGCUGGAACCGAGCAC